UAACAUCAAUGGAAGGAAAAAAUAUCACCAGAGUUUCAAGCUGUCGUGGUGUAGCAUUUGAAGCUAAAGCUUACGAAAAUAAUCAUAACGUUUUAACUUCAACCCAAUCCGAGAGGUGGAUUCGUGCAGCUACUUCAAUAUUUAAGGUGUUUCCAGGCUCCGAUUCCCCGAGAAGAUCAUCAGGCAGAUCGAGCAGUCACUUUUGCGAUCUCGAAUUCGAUGAAGAUGAAAACGACGAUUACAGCAUGUACUCGGGGGAUGCAAGUCCCCGAGACCUCGAAAACAAUCUGCAUGUAGUUGGCCAAGUUAGUUCCUACACUAAGUUGCCGAAACCUAAAAAAGAUAGACUAUCGGUGAUUCUUCGUGAUCAAAGCCUUUUCACAGCUUACAAGCGCUUGUUCCUUGUUACUCUCUCGUUAAAUAUCGUCGGACUUGCACUAGCCGCAAGCGGUUAUUAUACUUAUGCGAGACGAAAGCCAGCAGUUUUCGCCAUUGCGAAUAUCUUGGCCUUGACAUUGUGCCGAAACGAGGCCUUUUUAAGGUGUGUUUUCUGGUUCGCGGUUAAGUUAUUCGGGAGGGCAUCGAUUCCGCUCUGGAUCAAGACUUUGAUAACUUCAUUUCUUCAAUCACUCGGUGGAAUACAUAGUGGUUGUGGCGUCUCGUCUUUAAUUUGGCUUGUUUAUGCAAUUAUUCUCACCAUUCGGCACAGGGAAACCUCGUCCCUUUUGAUCAUCUCUGUAGCCUAUACUAUUCUGUUCUUGGUUUUGUUAUCUUCUCUCGCAGCUUUUCCUCUUGUCCGUCAUCUUCAUCACAAUGUUUUUGAGCGAACUCAUCGCUUUGCAGGAUGGUCAGCUCUUGUUUUAUUCUGGCUCUUUGUUGUUCUCACCCUUUCUUACGAACCUUCUUCAAAACUCUACAAUUUUCGCCUCUCGAGGCUUAUAAAAGCGCUAGAAUUCUGGCUGACCUUUGCCAUAACAGGUUUCAUAAUGUUACCCUGGCUAACAGUAAAACAAGUUCGGGUUAGCGUAUCAUCUCCUUCUGGUCACGCUUCAAUAAUAAAAUUUGAGGGCGGAGUGAAAGCUGGAUUGCUAGGAAGAAUCAGCCUAUCACCGUUCUCCGACUGGCAUGCGUUUGGAAUCAUUUCAGACGGUAAAGAUGAGCACAUGAUGUUAGCUGGUGCGGUGGGGGACUUCACCAUGUCACUAGUCUCCAACCCUCCAACCCAUCUUUGGGUUCGUACUUUUCACUUCGCAGGCUUGCCUUACUUGAUCAAUUUAUACCGAAGGGUUGUUUUAGUGGCCACGGGCUCUGGAAUAUGCGUGUUUUUAUCAUUUCUUAUGCAGCCUUCCACGAAAGAGGUGUGCCUAGUUUGGGUGGCCAAAGCGGUGGAACAAAAUUUUGGAAGUGAAAUUAUGAAAUGUGUGAGUGGAUAUCCGAAAGACAAGGUUAUUGUGCAUGACACAGGGGUGCUCGGGAGGCCUAAUGUGGCUGAGAUGAGCGUUGAUGCGGCGAAAAGAUGGAAAGCAGAGGUUGUGAUAGUCACAAGUAAUCCGGAGGGAAGCAGAGAUGUUGUCCGUGCAUGCAAGGCUUCUGGGAUACCUGCGUUUGGUCCAUUCUGGGAUUCCUAGUUUAUGAAACUCAUCUCGGCAGUAAAACUUUGUUCGGUCUGUCAGUAAAAUCUUCGAAAGGCCAUCGAAUCUGUUUAUGCAAUAAAAAGAAUGCUAGAUUUCUUGUUUGUAAUGAAGUUCUGUCAUUUUGUCUCAUCUUAUUCCGGGUGUGUUGGAAAUA